UCCACUAAAAUUUGUCGGCGUAGGUCUCUGCCUUCACAUUUAUUUUUAUUAAAAAUCUAAAGAUCUAAAUAUUUUAUUGAAAAAAUAUAGAUUAAAAGUGUUAAAAUAUGUCUAAAGUUGAUACAACACCUAUUGAAGAAUUGCCCAUUAUGGAGCAAAUACAAAUUCUUAUAAAACCUCCGCCCAAUGAAGAUGAGAAGUUGGGAAUACGACCCACGGUGGUUAAACAUCCCUACUAUAAACGACCAGGACGUGGUCAUAACCAUGAUUUGUGUGAUGCUUGCGAAGAAGGAGGAGAUUUAUUGUGUUGUGAUCGUUGUCCCUCUAGUUUUCAUUUGCAAUGCCAUGAUCCUCCUCUUACUGAAGACGAUAUUCCCAGUGGCCAAUGGUUGUGUCAUAAUUGUCGCAUGACUUUAAAGACAGCACCUUCUUCCUCGAAAUCCAGUUCAGUGGAGCGUAUGUCAUCAGCUUCAGCCGUGGUCAACUCACGGCCCAAUACACCAUCGGUGGGCGGUGAUUUAGAAUCGAUUCCAUUUAAAAUUCGUCAUUUACGUAAACGUAGCAGCAGUAGAGCUUCAUUUUGUAGCGAUUUAAGCAGUACAGAGAAAUAUCUUUCCAAAUUACCAGUGGGCAUACAGCGUGCCUUAGAUCCCAAUAAGAAACCUACACCUUUAGAUGAGCUAAUAAAGGCAGCUAGUAUUUUGAAUCCAAAACAAUUUGAGCUACCCCGAGAGCUGGAGAUACAUACACAAUUUCCCGGCAAUGAUAAAAUUGAACCCAUACGUACGAAUGGCAAUGGUGGUCAUAAGAAACCAAAUUUUCGUCGCAACUCUAAACCGUAUGAAUUGGAUACACAAGGUUUGGUGCCUUUGCCGGCAAAAACUUGUUUUUAUUGCCACCGUUCAUGUAAAAAAGCACCAUUAGUCGCAUGCGAUUAUUGUCCUUUAUAUUUUCAUCAGGACUGUUUGGAUCCCCCGAUGACAGCACUACCAACAGGUUUAUGGAUGUGUCCAAAUCAUGUGGAAAAUUUCAUAGAUGAUAAUCUUUUGACCAGUAUAUCGGCAACGGAAAGAGUAAGAUUAUGGGAUAAAUUUGCUCAACCAUUUGAUCAUGAGGCAGUAAAAAUGGACUUUUUCCGACGAGUACACAUGAAAAAUCCACCGUUCCGCAUUAAAAUGCCAAUAAAAUCCAGAGAAACUAUAGAAAUUCCUCCGAUGGUUAAAUAUCACUAUGAAAAUCCACCACCUUUAUUGCCCUCCUUAAGAGAAACCUUACGCUAUGAUAUAGUAAAACGUCGUAAAUGCUUACCGAGUGCCCCCGAAAUAAUAUCAAAAGAAAGUGUAGCAGAGUCGUUGGUAAAGGAUUUGGAAGCCUUGAAAACUGCAAAAGCCAAAUUUAGAGAAAUACAAAAAGAAUUGGGAAAUGUUGAGGAAUUAAGUAGCAGUAGUAGCAGUGAAAAUGAGGAAGAACCAGACAAAACUGAAGAGAUUGAUAGUAAAACGACAAAAGAAGCUGAAGAAUUAAAGGAUAAAGAAAAAUGUAACAGCACACAAAAACCUAUACAUAAAACAAAACGCACGAAACAAAAUAGUUUAUCAGAAACUCAAGUAAAAGCCGAAGAGGAACUUUUGUCCAGUGAUAAAGACGAAAAAGCUUUACAACUUUUAAGUGAACAAAUUAAAGCCGAAAAUGAUCACAGCGCCGAAGAAUCGGAUGAAGAGACUAAAUAUGAUCCUCAAAUUGAUGCUGAGCUGCAGUAUUUGGAUGUGGAUCUCAUUAAGAAAUUAGCCUAUCAACGUUUACAACAGCUGGUGCAGGAGCAUCCAGAAAUCGUGGUACAAUAUCAAAAUCGUACCGCUGCUAAACGUAUAAGAGAGUUGGCUGCUCAGCCUGCUGUUGGUGCAGCAGUUUCAGAACAAGACAAACUGCCCAUUGUACCGUCGCAAAUUUUAUCACCUACCGAUAUAAGACGCCUCUCUAUAAUGUUUACCGGAGAAACGUCUUCAAUUUUAGCACAGCCAAGUACGGCUAAUGACAACGAUUUGCCCCAACUGCAUCCGGCUUUGGCUACGGCAGCUGCCAUUGUGGCGGCUGACGAAGAAGAACAGAAAUAUGUGCCACGUAUGCGUAGUGAUCAGGAAAAAGCCUAUGAAAUUGCCACUCGCCUAGAACUUAAAUUGUUGAGACGUAAGAUACGCGCACGAGCUGUUCUAACACCUUUGGGUGAUAUUUUAGAAGACAAUCGUUGGUUUAGCAAUGUUGAAUUGCACAAUUCAUUCUUUAUGCGUUAUCGCAGUCUUAAUAUCGGCUAUGGUGAUUCCAAUGCUGGCGUUGAUGUCAAUUUAUCAUUGAUUGGUUAUUGUCGUCGUAUUUCUCCCAAACAUGCCACAAUUUUCUAUGAUGAUUUUACAAAGACCUAUGAACUUAUUAACUAUUCAGAACAUGGUACCGAGGUUAACGGACAAUUGUAUUCGUGUGAUUUUACUGAACGUGAUCCAACGCCCGCGAAAAAGCUGAAAAAUGAAGAUAUUGAAUUGCAAAAGAAGGUACAGGCCAUACUUGAUAAGAGACGAGGUAUACAACGUCAUUAUUUUGUUGUUGACAACAGUACAAGAAUGGCUCCGCCACCAAAACCAGAUUGUAAAUGUUCGCCCUAUGAAGAUUCGCCUAUGAUAAAAGGUGCCUGGGAGGGAACAGCUAUUUUGCAACAUGGUUCUCUUUUACGUUUUGGCUGCUUAGCUUUUGUAUUUUCAUUGCCUAAAUUGGAAACAUGCAAUGGCCAAGGUUAACUUUUUUUUUAAGCAAACAGCUUUAAAGUACAAUAAAUGGCGUAAUUUAAGAAUUUGUAAAAAAUAUACUGUUUUCACGAUUUUAUAAUUUUUUACAAUAUUUUUUUUAUGUUUUUUUUAAAGAAAAUCUCCUAUUAUUAUUUUUUGGUUUGUUUUAUAAAUUUUUAUAUAUUUACUUAUAAAAGGCAACAAAAAGUAAACUAAAAACACCCUGUACAAUAAAUAUAAAUUGUAUUUGUUGUUUUUCUUUUUGUAAUUAAAUACAGAAACAGAAAAUUAAUUAAAUUAACAUAAAAUUUAAAAGUAGUGUAUUCAUAUUCAGUUUAAAAAGUUUUAAACUAUAGUUUUUUAUUACUAUCUCUAGCAUAAUGUUAUUGUAUGUAUAUUAAACACACACACAUAUACACAUGUAAAAAAUGUGCACAACUAAAUAUUUACUUGUAAUAAAAAUUAAUUUUAACUUAUAUUUAAAAAUAAAA